AGCGAAUCCUUCUUACAAACGGAUCAUUCGAAAACAAAUCCAGUUCUUGCGCAAAGUUGAUUUAGAGAAGGAAGAAAUAAUAGAAUUGAAGAACAACGUCGAGGAGCUGAAAACUGUAUUGCAUGAAGCAUUUGACACACAAAAGGAAACAGUGCUACUAUCAAAAAUGGAAUGACAACAUGUGAACAUCAGAUUUCAAAAGCCAAAAAAGAAAUUAUACAGAACACAGAUAAGAAGUUCGCUGAGAUGACAGAAAAAAUACAGCAGCUGGAAGCAACGAUUAGUAUAUUUAUAGAGCAAAUCCCAAGACCAAAUGAAUCACCAAAUCAACACAAUUAUGAACACAUAGAAAGUUCCAAGUACAGUAGUAGUAAAACGAACAGCGAAGAACUUUAUGUUCAACAAGGAGCAAGACCAAAGAGAAAUCAUGAAGAUAUAAAGUACGCUACCUGUCAUGUCGAAUGUAAAGAAUUGGAUGAAAAAUUAGCUGUGCAGUUGUUGCCAGAAAACAAUCACAGUUUUCCUGCAGGCUUUAAAACAAUAAGCGCUGAGCAGGAGUGCCUUCUUCUAAAGUUAAGAGCGCCUUCAAAAAUGUUAGAAGACAUAGAAACCUUUCGAAUGGCUUUGAGGGCAUUGCUAAUUCAAAUUGCUCACGCCGGAAAUAUUGAUUUCAACAAACCAAGUACUAUAACUAUGAAAUUGACAUUCACAGAUGACCUCACGGAAGACGAAAUAAAAGUAAUCAAAGAGAUAUCUGGUAAAUUGUUUCAUUCUCAAAGGAUUGUUGCAAGUGUAAAUUAUCCAGCAGUUGCUGUUUCAUAUGAAACCAGAGGAGUUAACAUAGACGAAAAUUGCAGGAAAUGUGAAAAUUUGCAGACUGAGGUCAUUAUUCAGCGGACAACUAUUGAAAUGCUGGAGUUUAAAAAUCGAGAGUUGAUAUUUUCAAUUAUUGAGCUGGAACUACUUGACGAAUGGAAGGAGCGUAAAAGAUCAAAGUUAGCCUUGGAAAACAGACAUUUGCGAGAAAUAAUACAUGAAGCUGCAGCAUCUGAUAGAAAGUUUGACAGACAACAAGAGAAACAAGACAGUGCAGGAGAAAUCGAAGGUCUAUUUGAAAAUGUUCAAGAGAAAAGAAAACGUAUAGAUUCAAGCUCCCAAACUUCUCCAUUGUUUUGUAUGAAUUGUUUGAGCGCUUAUCUCUUCCUACUUACAAGAUGUGCAGAAACACUAUUAACUCAAUAUUUCGCACUCUUAAAAGACGCUAUAUCAGACGGUAAAUAUGCGAUGCAACAAGCUUUAGUUGAUGAUGAGGCAACAAAAUCUACAGAUUCAGAUGAAGAUACACAUCAUUUUUGCACAGAUAUUGUAAUACUACAUUCAGAUACAGACACGAUUGAGGCUCAAGCCUGCCAAAAAUUGUUAAUGAAGCAUAUCGAUAUACCUCAUUUUAAAGUUGACUUGUCAACACAGGGAGGUCCUUUGUUAAGCAAUUUGUUUAAUACAUGUAGACUAAUGUUUAUUUUUCAAACGAAAAAUUUUGAGUCGGAUCCACAAGCAAGCUUUGAAAAUCUGAUGUAUCGCCUUCAAGACCCACAAAUAACACGGAGAAUAAUCCCAUUGAAAGUUGAUAAAACAAUAAUUACUGAACUAUCUCCAAUCAUACCUCUAAAGUAUGUUACAGACAUCAGUGAUGAACAGUUUCCAAUAUUCAAACGGGAAGUAGGACAGUUAGUCGAGUAUUGGAGGAGAGUUUUGCCAUGACAAAUUUAGAAAAACAAUAA